AUGGAGUACAUCACAAAACUGAGAACUGCCUUUGCCCCCCGGGAGUCCAGCUAUCAUCAGGCGAAUGGGAUGGUUCGAGCGCUUCAGACGAUAACGCUGAUGCGCUUUCUCGAUAAAGACUUUCUGGUAAGCAAAUCCAGCCGGGUGCUGCUUUGCUCGCACGAAAUCAAUGCCUUCAUCAUACUGGGCGCCAUAACCGUGAACGCCAUUCAACGUCGAAGCAAUGUGGACGUGGUGGUUUCGAGUGCACUGUGCGUCCUUUCGGUGAUGGAAAUAUUCUACAAGCUGAACCGCUUGAUCUAUCUGCGGAAAAGCAUUGCCCGAAUGCUCGAGCUGGUGCUCAACGAUCGUACGCAUCUGCAGGGUACGAUGGAGGAAAUGGUUUGUCAGAAGUAUCACCGUUUGGCUAGAAAGCUCGUGUGGUACACGAUCAUUCAGUACAUGUUGGCGGGUGCCAGUAUAGUGGUUUUUCCGGGCCACUUACACGAGCUCGAUCGCAAAGAACCGCCGCUCGGCAUUACGCUUCCGUUCGUGGACAACAAUCAGCUGUCGUGGUAUCUGGUCAACUACAUAAUGCAAUCGAUCGUGAUAUUCAUCAUUGCGCUCAUGUUUGCUGGACUGGACGGGCCUUUCUACAUAUUCAUCGCGUAUUCGGCAGCCCAGCUAGAGAUACUGAUUAACUACUCUCAAUGUAUCGGCGAAUGCUCUAACAGCGAAGAAGACAAUCGGCGCAUCAUACGGAAGAUAUUUGGCGUCCACACACGUCUCUCAAGCUUUUUGGGCAAAUGCUCCGACCUGUACCGUACGAUCUAUUUGGUUCAGGUGGUUAGUUCCGUGCUGCUGAUUUGUGUGGCCCUGUUCCACGUGCAGUACAAUCCCAGUCGCAGUCACUCGUAUGGGCUGGUGUGUACGAGUGUGUUCAAAAUGUGGAUGUUCUGCUACACCGGCCAGUUGAUAGUGUCGAAGGCGGACGAGUUUAAUAUCGCCGUAACCGCGAACCGUUGGUACGCACUGGGGAAUCGACGCGAUCUUCGGGAUGUGCUGUUCCUGCAGCUAAACGCUCAGCGCCAUUACGGUUUCAGCAUCGGUGGAUUUGGGUAUCUGUGUUUUGAGACGUUCACCAAGAUAAUGAAAACUGCGUACAGCUUCUACGCGUUCCUUCAACAAGUGAUGGACUAA